AUGGCCUCCUGGUACUCCAACCUCCUGACCAAGACUUCGUCGCAAAUCUCGUCCCUCCGUUCCACCCUGCUAGCCUCCGAGGCAGACGGCGACACCGACGACGACACGCACGUCUGCCGCGUCCUGCGGAACUACUACACCGACAAGGGCCGACCCUUCCCCCCCUGGCUACCGGCCGACCCCAAGGCUCCCCCGCCCACGCCAGGUGGCAGCACCAACGUCCAGCCUCUGUACGCCAACGGGCCCAAUGCCCGCAUGGCCGCCGCCGCCGGCGCCUCCGCUCCCCAGGGAAACGCCGCGCUGAGCAGCCUGUGGGGGGACAGCAAUGCCGCCGCCGCGUCUCAGAGCCUGAGGGCCACGCCGCGCAUGGCCUCGGUCGUCGACACCGUCCGUCCCGGCCUCAACAGCUCACCGAAUAGCUAUACCGGGCCUGUGCCGCCGAGGGAGACCACACCCACCGGCGGCGCGUCCGCGCAGGAUAGGCUGAGGCAGAGGUUCCGCGGGGGCGCCAGGACCACCAGCCCCGGACAGGCAGGGCAGACGCCGUUCCAACCGCCGCCGCCGCAGCAGCAGCAGGUCCCCGCGUCGCUCCAGCAGCCUCAGCCUCCGUCUUCUUCUAGACAGGGUCUUCCUAGUGGUCCUAGGGCUUAUAGGUAG